AUGGAGCGAAGUUCGUUCAUCAAAUGGACACUCAAAAUUGUCGGCGCAUUUGGCGUUUCACUCAUUCUCGCAGGCAAGCGCCAUCACCAGGAUUUCCAUUCAAACGGAGUAUUGACCCCUGCACAGUCUAUUCUUGGGGCAAUUCAAGGGAUUACCGUCGUGAACCCGAAUAUCUCUUCCUCCACCGUCGUCGGUGUAUCAUGUGCAAUCCUCGUAUUCGUUUUCAUUAUCCAGCCCUUUGGAACUAGCAAAAUUGCGACCACCUUUGCUCCAAUUGUUAUACUAUGGAUGGUUUUCAAUCUGUCGUUCGGGAUCUAUAACCUGGUCCAUUAUGAUGCGUCCAUACUCAAAGCAUUCUCUCCCUACUUCGCGGGCUCGUUCUUGAUGCGAAAUGGGAAAGACGGAUGGCUGCAGUUGGGAGGAAUCUUGCUCGCCUUCACCGGUGUUGAAACAUUGUUUGCGGACCUGGGAGCAUUUAGCCAACGCCUCGUGAUCGCAAUCCUAGCGUGUAUUGUCGCAAGUCAGGCUGUCAUCACUGGAUCUUUUCAGUUGCUUUCGCAGAUCAUGAAGUUAUCGUACUUCCCUCAGAUUCAAACUUACCAUACUUCAAAGACUGUCCACGGGCAAGUAUACAUUCCUCUCGCCAACUGGCUCAUGAUGAUUGGAAGUAUCAUUGUGACAGCCGUCUACAAUAAUACCACUGCCCUCGGCGAAGCCUACGGAGCAUGUGUUAUACUUGUCUCAUUCCUCACGACCUGCAUGGUGACAGUUGUUGCACUUAUUGUGUGGAGGCUGCCCAUGUACCUGGUAUUGCCUGUGUUCCUGGUUUUCGCGCUCUGGGAUGGCAUGUUCCUCUCGGCUGCCUUAAGCAAAGUUCCACACGGCGCAUGGUUCACGCUGAUGCUAGCUGCUGUUUUGACCUGCAUUUUUGUCCUCUGGCGGUAUGGAAAGGAGGAGCAGUGGAAAGCAGAAGAGUCCGAUAAUACACCUUUAUCCCGGACGACCGUACUGAGAGAAAACAAACUUCUCCUUCAGAAUGGUUCAGAGAAUUCUGCCCUUACCCCGAUCAGCGGUCUGGGGAUAUUUUUCGACAAAUCCGGCAUGUCGAAUAACACGCCAAAUGUUUUCCUUCACUUCAUCCAAAAGUUCAGCGCUGCACCUGAGGUGUCCGUUUUCCUUCACCUGCGAUCUUUGUCCGUGCCCACAAUCGCUCCAGAAGAACGGUAUUCGGUCAAUCGCUGCUACACAUACGGCGUUAAUCAGAGCAAGCAAGCCAUACCUAAUUGCUAUAGGCUGAUCGUCCGCCAUGGAUAUACUGAUGAAAUAGUCACGCCUGACCUUGGGAUAUUAGUUCACGAUCUAGUUCGUGGCUAUCUAACCGCCCAGGAUAAUUCCAAAUCACCAAAGAGUGAUAAGGAGGAACUGGAUGCGCUUGAUCGGGCGUGGAAUUCUCAGGUGAUUUAUAUUGUCGGGAAAGAACAAUUAAAGAUUCCGGCCGAGACGAACAUCCUUCGUCGACUCUUCCUCUGGGCAUUCUUGUGGAUGCGAGAUGCUAGCCGAACCAAAAUUCAACACUUGAAUGUUGAAACGGACAGGGUGGUGGAGGUUGGCUUUGUGAAGAAAAUGUAA